CGCUUGCUUCCUGCUUGAGCAUUUAGAUUAAGUGUCUUUAAUUUGCCCCAGGUGUCCAUGUUUUGGUUGUGAUUAUGUUUACUAUUUAAACCCCUUGGUUAGUGAGUACUUUGGUCAGUAUUAUUGUUUGUAUAGUUGAUGUCGUUUGUUUACAUGCCUUGAUUCAUGAUCUCGGUUUAUGCCAUGAUUCCAGUUUCCCAUUUUCCAGUGAAGACCUUGUUUUCUUUGGUUUAGAGUUACGUGGUUAAUAAAGACUUUGAUCUGCAUCUGCAUCCGCCUCCAGUCCCGAUCCGUUACACAUUUAGAAGAUGUUAAAAAUUGGCUGACUGACAACUUUCUUAAACUAAAUGAAAGAAAGUCAGAGAUUAUUAUAUUUGGUCCACCAAAACACACAGAGAAGAUAACCAGUAUUCUUGCUCUUUUAGCAAUAGCUGAGAAAGUGAGAAAUAUUGGUGUCAUAACUGAUUCAACCCUUAGCUUUGAUAAACAGAUCAGUUCUGUUGUUAAAGGCAGCUUUCUUCAGCUUAGGAUGAUUUCAAAGCUAAAACCUUUUCUUAGUUUUAAAAAAUGUAGAUGUAUUACAUCUAGAUUGGACUACUGCAACUCACUCUAUGCAUGACUCUUUCAGGGGAAACUGUCCUGCCUACAACUUGUGCAGAAAUCUGUAGCCAAAUCUAGCAAAAAGGGGGAGCAUAUUACUCCUGUGUUAUCAUCUCUUCGCUGGCUGCCUUUUCAGUUCAGGAUUGAUUUUAAGAUUUUAUUAUUUGUUUUGAAAGCAGUACAUAACUUGGCUCUACAUUAUAUUACAUAUCUCCAAAUGCCCCUCAGUCUAAGCAAAAGUCAAAGGGCAUUCUCUGUACUUGCUCCUAAAUUAUGGAAUAAUUUCCUGCUUUAUAUUCACUUGGAGAUUCACAGUGCAGAUUUUUAAGUCUCAGCUGAAAACACAUCUUUAUCCUUUGGCAUUUGAAUUGGGGGAACCCUGAGUACUUGAAAUAUUUGCUCUGAUAUUGAUCGCACUCUGUAUAUGCAGUUCUUGUUGGAGUUUGUAUUGCUGUUGAUGUCCGUGUGUUUGUGUGUGUGUUGUUUGUGUUUUUCAUUUUACUGUUUUUCAAUUUGUGAAGCACUUUGGUCAACUCUGUUGUUUUAAAAUGUGCUAUAUAAAUCAGAUGAGUUGAGGUGAGUUGAGUUGAUUUUUGGGUUUCUCACAAUAUUUCUAUCAUCAGUUGUUGUUUUUUUUUUCCCUUGGCUGACCAAUUCGGUGUCUGUUUCUCAGUACACCAGUGAUUUCUUUCUUUUUUAGGAUUCCAAAUUGUUCUAUUGGCUAUGCCCAGUGUUUGUGCAAUGCCUCUGAUUGAUUCUCUGCUUCAAAAUGGCUUGCAUUUCUCCCAUAGACAGCUCUCUGGUCUUCAUGAUGGCCUAUCCUUUUUAACAACAAAUGCAGUCUUCAUAGGUGAAACUGAAGGCAAAAACCAAUAGUAGAUGUUCAGCACUACAGUAUUGAUUGUUUAAACAAUCAGUCAAACGAGACAGAACUGUGAAACAAGAAGCACCUGUCAGUCACGUGUUCCAAUAUUUUGCUUGCCUACAAAUUUGGUGGUCUGAUACAAAAUGUGCUGUGUUCUAUGUUGUUUAACACAUCUACAUAUAAAUACCAGGAAAUAUAAGCUGAAAUUUUGAACACUCUUCUUAUAUUCCUCUUUUGAUCUCAAACCCAAAUGUCUUCAGUCUACAGUAAAAACAAAUGAAUUUGCCUUGCUGUUUCAAUAGUUUCAGAGGGGAAUGUAGUUCAUUAAUAAACUUAAUAUUUGUAAUUGGUGGUAAAUUACUGUGGUAUAACAGGAAUGAAACACUCCAGAACAGGAAAUAAUUGGAAAAUAAUCUACUUUGGGAUGGUAAGAGUAAACCUGCUUCUACUGGGCCACAUCACACCACCCUGUUGUUCAUUAAUUUCCUAUAACAGCACACCCCCGAAUGUUUUAUCUCUUAAUUAACCUGUCGUUUGUUUUUCCCUCUGAACCUUUAGUGCUGGCUGGACUCAUCCACUGUACACAAACAGAGAGUCCUAAACCUGUGGUGAUUAUAAAGCCUGAUACACAGGUGUUCAGAGGAGAGACUGUGACUUUCAGGUGUGACACAAACGAAGGAGGAGACACGGAGUGGACAUACGACUGGUAUAGGGAUGAUAACACAUUAUACACAUCCCUCACAACACAGGAGUUCAGCAUCAGUAAUUAUUACAGUGGUAAAUACACCUGCAGAGGGAGGAGGAGAAGUGACUCUCAGAUCUCAAAGACGAGUGAUCCUGUUACACUCACUGUAUCAGAAAAACCCAAACCGACUGUGAGAGUGAGUCCUCAGAGCUCCGUCUACACUGGAGACAGAGUUACUCUGACCUGUAAUCUGCUGUCUACUGGAUGGACUUUUCUCUGGUACAAAGAUUAUCAGGAAUCAAAUCCCCUGUCUCCUGGAAUCACAGACACCAACACACUCAGUGUAACAGUCUCUAAUGAAGGAGAAACACAGUACUACUGUAAAGCACGCAGGGGAAACUACAAGUCAGAGAUCAGUGAUCCAGCCACAAUUACAGUGAGAGGUGAAUCUCGUCCAGUGUCUCUGAUCAUCAAUCCCAGCAGAACUCAACACUUUACUGCUGACUCUCUCUCACUGAGCUGUGAGGACCAGAGUGACUCUACUGGAUGGACAGUGAGAGGAUACACACACAGUGAGACAGUGUCUGAUUGUUCAUCAGUUUCAGUAUCUACAUGUAACAUCAGCCCCCUCUCUACAUCACACACUGGAGUUUACUGGUGUCAGUCUGAAUCAGGAGGACGCAGUAAUCCUGUCAACAUCACAGUGCACAGUGAGUCUUCAAUGUUCUCAUCAGUAAUAGUUUAAUACAUAAACCAGACCUACUGUAACAUUAAAAAAUCUAUUUUAAUGAAUUGUAAAGAAGAUAAGUGAUACCUUAGUUGUAAUAAUAACACAUGAAAACUAAU